AUGUCGAACGUGUUCUCUCUCCAAGGCCGCGGUCUGAAGCUAAAUACACGCGCAGACAUCGAACCCCACCUCAAAGAUGUCUCAACCACGAUCGAGGAAAUUCACCUCGGGGGAAACACGAUCGGUGUAGAGGCAGCGCAAGCUCUCGCAGAGUUUCUUUCAAAAACCACCAAUCUCAAAAUCGCUGACUUUGCAGACAUCUUCACCGGCCGGCUGAUCAGCGAGAUCCCGCAGGCCCUCUCCGCCAUCUGCGACGCGCUCAUCCCCAAAACGACGCUCGUCGAGAUCGAUUUGAGCGACAACGCUUUUGGCGGCCGCUCCGUCGACCCCAUGGUGCCCUUCCUCACGCAGAACCGCUCGUUCCAGGUCCUCAAGCUGAACAACAACGGCCUCGGCCCCGCGGGCGGCGCGACCGUCGCGGACGCGCUCCUGCGCUCUGCCGAGCUCAGCGCGGCCGCGGGCGAGCCGUCGAACCUGCGCGUCGUCAUCUGCGGGCGCAACCGCCUCGAGGACGGCGCCGCGCCCGCAUGGGCGGCCGCCUUCUCUGCGCACGGCGGGCUCACGGAGGUGCGCAUGCCGCAGAACGGAAUCCGCAUGGCGGGCGCCGCGGCGCUCGCGCACGGGCUUUCGAGCUGCGCGGGCCUCGCGCACUUGGACCUGCAGGACAACACGUUCGGCGAGACGGGGUCCGUGGCGAUGGCGACGGCGCUGCGCGCGUGGCCGUCGUUGCGUUUCUUGAAUCUGUCGGACUGUGUCUUGGCGGAGGAGGGCGCGGUGUCGCCGGUGCUGGAAGCGCUAGUGGGUGGGUCAAAUCCGAAGCUGGAGGUGCUCCAGCUGCAGAACAAUAAUUUGGAGGCGCAGUCGUUCUCGCUGCUUGCUGAGGGCCUCGAGCUUCACUUGCCAGUACUGAAGAUGCUAGAAAUGCAGUGGAAUGAGGUAGAGGAGGAUGAUGAGGGCAUUGCAGCGUUGUUGAGAUUGAUGAAGAAGCGGGGUGGUAAGCUCGUGCUUGACGAUGAGGAAGAGGAAGAGGAAGAGGAGGAGGAGGAGGAGGAAGAGAAAGAGGCUGAUGCGAAACAAGAGCCCCCAGCGUCGAAAGACAAGGUCGACACAGCCGCAGACGAGCUCGCCGAUCUACUAAGCAAGGUAGCGAUUAAAUCAUAA